AUGUCACCCAAAGUGGACGAUGCUAGAGCUUUUGACGUCGUCGAUGACCUGCUGCGGGUGCUUCGGUACCUCGUUCGACCUGGCGGAUCGCAAUUGGCUGGCCCAAUUGAUCUUUGCGCGCUGACUUCGAUGGUUUCCUUCAGAUAUGAGUUCACAGUUUUCAUUCAUGUCGUCUUUGUAUGCGCGCUCGUCCGACCAUUUGAUUCUGGCACUAAGGGUGACUUAAGCGCCCGUCCCCGGGCUCUAGCACACGACGAUCGCUUGGUGCUUCGGCAGUACCUUCAACGCCGGGAGCGCUGGCUUGAGGCACGGGAAGACUUCCUACAUGACCUCGAACUGCGAAACACUGAGCUACAUUCGGAACUCGUCGUACGGGACGGCAUCAGGGAUACUUUCCGCAACGCAGCGAACGCCGUGGGCAGUGCGGCCCGUGGAGCUUGGAACAGGGUUGCAAGUAUUUUCAGGCCUUCUACGGAUGGAAGAGAGAAUAUUAUCACUCCAUACCCCUUCACGGAGUUGCCGACCUAUCAGGAAUCUCAGGACCAUCAGCAGGCUGUUCCUUAUUCUUUGGAGGUUCAACAAGGUCAUACAAGCGUUUCGGGAGGUCCUGCUCCAGGCACCGCUCCUAACACAAAACCGCGACCAGGCACUCGUUCCAGAAGUGCGCCUGCAAACUCAGCGAGGCAAGUAACGAGUCCGCCCAAGGGAAUCAGUACCCCAAAGGCAACGAAAGGGAAGAGGAAUGGCUCUCAUAAACAGACUCGGAAGGCUGCCAGUCGAAAGCAAGCCCCUCCGAGUGGAAAGAAGGCCCCCGGGGCUCGGCGCGGCAAACAAGCGCCCGCUGGUAAAAAGGCCCCUAACGCACAGAAGCGAGUGUCCAGCGCCAAGUUUGCGGCUGCGAAGAGAAAGUAA